CGCGGGCGCGCACUCAAUAGCCCACAUACCCUCUUACAGUCGAAACCUCGGACGCUACCUCGAGCGCUCCGGUUCCUUCGACCACCUGUCGAUCCACCUAUACCAAACCCGGCGAGAUUCGACGGAGACGGAUAUCACCUCCUCUCUGUAACCCCUUUUUCUCGUCUCUCUUUCUCCCUUUCUCCGCCCUCUUCCGCCGAGUCGGAAUUGGGAAAUAUUUUCCGAGGGACAGAGAGGGAGCGUGGCCAUCGCGCAUCUCGCGGACACACUCGAAGAUUCGAGCAUCCCUCCAAGCCCCGCGGCUUCUCGGCAGACUUUGACCCGCCGACGUCGGAGUCGCCCGCGAUCGGCUGUGCCGCGCCGGUUGGGACGAGAGGCGCAACACGUGGCCGCUGCGACCGUAGACUGACCAGGAGAGAUGAGCAAGACGUGGCAAGACGCAAAGGACUUCGUCGGCUUCGACGAGGUCUCGAAAGUUGACAUCCUCCUGCCAUUAUUCUCCGAGGCUCUGGGGACGUUCCUUUUGGUCCUGAUCGGAUGUGCAUCCUGCAUCGAAUGGACAAUAGCCCCCUCGGUUGUACAAAUUGCCUUCACAUUUGGACUUACCGUCGCGAGCGUCGCACACGUGCUGGGCCCUGUAUCAGGGUGCCACGUGAAUCCCGCCGUGACAGUGGGCUUGCUGGUAAGCGGCAAUUGCUCCCUCUUCAAGUCGCUCUUCUACAUCCUCUGCCAAUGUUUCGGCGCCAUCGCCGGGGCUGCCGUUCUCCAGGCGGCGAUUCCACCAGAAGCUGCAAGUCGAGGACUGGGUGCCACUGCCUUGGGUCCGAAUGUCCUUAGUGGGCAAGGAGUCCUGAUCGAAGCCAUCGUGACGUUCCUCUUGGUCCUGGUGGUGCACGCAGUUACCGAUCCUAAAAGGACCGACACGAAGGGCUGGGCCCCUCUGGCAAUUGGUCUCACCAUCACCGUGGCUCACCUGGCGGUGGUUCCUGUCACCGGCAGUAGCAUGAACCCUGCUCGAUCAUUGGGUCCUGCCGUGAUCCUGGGCUUCUGGACAAACCAUUGGGUCUACUGGGUAGGACCUCUCGUGGGAGCCGUCGUUGCCGGAGGACUCUACAGACUUCUGCACGCCAAGACCAAACUCGAUGACGAGGCUUCCUAUGACUUCUGAAGGCGCUGUCGUAACAGACUUCGAAAUCUAAUUUCUCCGGCUCUUUGGGCGAGAAGACGCGAAUCCUUCGCCAGGACGAAGGACAAAGGUGCUCCCGGUGAACGCUGGGUGAGAUGAAUGAAGGAAUGAAUGAUUAACAUUUACCCUAAAUCCGGAAGAACUGCGUUAUGAGACAGAAUGUCCUCCGCGUUUUAAUUGUACGUUACGUGUAAUUUAUUUAGCAUUGCUUGUUUAAUAAGCGUAAGGGGCAAUUGAUUGUACAACCGAAUAUAGGGCAUUUAUUGUAAAUGCGCAAAGUCGCCAUUCUAUGCUACGUUCGGAAUAUUUGGUAUACCCGGUAGGAUGGUAAUGGAAUUUUCUGUGGUUUAAUUCAUCACGUCGGAAAAUCUUUUGGAUGUAUAAAUUUUAGAUUUGUUCAGGUUACAGUUCAGUACUUUUAACUCACGUUAUUCCAGAAGGGAAAAUUAUCGAUAUCCUUUUUAUUAUAACGUAAAGUCGAUUGUAAAUUAAUAACGGUAUGGCUAAUAAUGACAGUAAAUGGUCUAUGGAACGGACGUUUUGUCUUAUGCUGCACGUCUUACACGUAUAUUGUAAAUGUCGAGUACAGCGUGUUUGUACCAUCUCAUGUCUGUUGGGGUGUAGUCUGCCUAGUCUUCUAUCUAUUUCAGAUGUACGUUUAUAGCAUAGUUUAGAUUCUUAACCCAGCGGUAUCCUCUAUGUUUCGAUAAGCACAUGUGAAAGGGAUUACGAGAUGAAUGAAUACUUUUUAUAUUUCAUUAUUCGCAACAUGGAAUCACAUAUAUAAAAAUGUCGAAGCUUUUCUUUCCGAUUGGUUCUCGUCGUUGAUAAAUGUUAGUAAUCCGUAACACAUUUGUGACUUCGUAUAAAACUAUUUCAAGUAGAUGCCCAGGUGUGCAAUUCGUUCAUUGCGUGGACCAACCUUUUUGGUCUUGGAGGCUAUUUUUGUACCCCGUUGAUUUCGGUCGGUCAGUUAAGCACUUUUGACAUUUCCGUCCCGAUACCUGAGAACUCGUAAAUCGAUGUCGAGGAACUAGCACAAUUUAGUAACAAUUAACUCUUUGCACGACAGAGUUGCCUCUGUGGUAAUAAUUUGACUGGCUAACGGCGUUAGUGCAAAGAGUUAAUAUGAUUAACCAAAACUCCGUACAACGAGAUCAAUAACGAGUGCCUUAAAGGUGCCUAACGAUAAAAUCUGAUAAAGACAAGGUGGUAUGGAUAAGCGAUUUUAAACAUUUAUUAUUAAUAUACCAAACAUCACGUUACACUGCUGAAUUACCGGUGAAUGUACCAUUUAUAUACAUUAUUUAUUUUAUGUACUUAAUUCAUCUAGAAGAUAUUCUAAGCAUGCAUCGCACAAGUUUAACAGCUCUUAUUUAUACUGCCUUGUAUAUUUAUUGGGAAGCCAUGUACAAAAAAUCUCUACUUUCGAUUUUACACCCGCCGUCCAAGUUUCUCCAAGUUUCCUUGCUAAUUCUGCUUUUUCUACACAGAGAAAAAUGCGUUGCGAAAAUCUCUCUAUCUCGUCUUUGAAACAAUGGGGAAUUUUAAGCGAGGAUUUCUAAUCGACUUUCCUUGCUUUCAGCCAUGUCGUAAUUUUUGGCAGUAAAAAUGUUAAAGGAAACUCUCCGAGGCAAACCCGUUCUUGUUCAAGUACACGCGGAGGUACUCUUGUAUUACUUAAGAUUUGUAUAUAUUGUACUUUUAAUUAGACUGGUACCUCGCGUGUACUUGUUACGUAUUAAGUCUAACAGUAUAACAAUUGUAAUAAAACGUAUACAUUAA